AUGUCUUUGAGCAAUAAUUCGACCAUUCAAAAUAUUGGCAUUGCCGGGGCAGCUAUCUCUGCUGCUGUUGCUAUUCUUACUGUAAAAUAUCAUGAUCGUCCAUUGUUCUAUGAGCACGUCAAAGGUAUCCCUCACACAAAAGGAUACCCUAUCCUCGGAAACCUUACUGGACUAGUAAGUAACGUUCACCGUUUGCAUGAUUAUCAAUUGGAUACGUUCGAAUCACUGGAUACUCUUACAAUGACCAAUCCUGUUGCGGGUAAUCCUACUACUAUCUUGACCAUCGACCCCCAAAAUGUCGACUACCUUUUAAGGGUCAACUUUAAGAAUUAUCUUAAAGGCCCUACAUUCAAAAGUGCCCUUCAAGAGCUUCUUGGUAAUGGUAUUUUCAACGCCAAUGGUGAAGUCUGGAGAUAUCAGAGAAAGGCAGCAAGUCACAUCUUCAAUGUUAAAAACUUUAGAGAUGAGUUUACAAGUGUUUUUGUCAAGGAAAUGCUUGUAAUGUCUGAUCGCAUCUUGGAUAAAGCAGCCAACGAAGGCUCUGUUGUUGAUUUUCACGAAUUGAUGUUCAAGUUUACCUUAGACUCAUUUGUAUUGCUCGGGUUUGGCACACAGUUAGACUCACUUCUCAAGAAAGAAAAGGUUCCCUUUGCCGAAUCUUUCGAUUAUUUGCAACGUUUGGGUGCAGCGCGUCUCAUUAAUCCUACUACACCCUUCCAUGAAGCGCUUGGACUCUUUUUGCCAUGGAAAGUAUCAACAAAGGACCAUCUUCAUAUUGUUGACUCUUUUGCUGAUGAAGUGAUUUUAAAACGUCGUCAGGAAAUCGCCAAUGGCGAAAAUAUACAAAAAGAUUUGCUCUCUCGUUUUAUGGAUGCAACUAAUGAAAAUGGAGAAAAACUAAAUGAUAUCGAACUUCGUGAUACUGUUUUAAAUUUCAUCAUUGCUGGCCGUGAUACCACUGCUCAAGCUCUUUCCUGGUUGUUUUACAAUUUGGCAUUGCAGCCUCGUAUCGAAGAGAAAAUAUUGGAAGAAUUAAAGGGUAAAAUUUCCGAAGAUGAUGAAAGAGACUCGCCUGCUUUAUAUGAAAUCAUUAGCGGAUUGCCUUAUCUCCAUGCAGUAUUUUAUGAGACCCUCCGUCUUUAUCCCUCUGUGCCAGGUAAUCAGAAGUAUGCUCUUGAAGAUGAUGUUUGGCCCGACGGAACAGUCGUUAAAGCCGGUACCUAUGUAUCCUGGUCUCCUUAUUCCCAAGGAAGAAGCACCAAAAUUUGGGGAGAAAACGCAAAGGAGUUUUACCCUGAAAGAUGGAUCGAUGAAACAGGAACAUUGCGACGUGAGUCAGCUGGAAAAUGGACGGCUUUCCAUGCUGGUCCUCGUGUCUGCCUUGGACAAAACUUGGCAACGCUUGAAGCUCUGGUUUGUGUGGCCAUGUUGAUGAAGCGUUACAAAUUCAAGUUGGUCCCUGGACAAGAAGUCACAUAUGAACUUUCUUUAACUUUACCCAUGAAAAAUGGUAUGAAAGUGUAUGUCGAGAAGAGAUCCUAAAUCCUAUCAACCUUUCCCUCCCAUAAUUAUAUCAUUAUUAAAGAUACAUCAUGUUUAACUA